UUUGUUGGCUUCCGGCUCUCUGAUUGGUGCGUUCGACCGGGUGUCUGAGUUCAAAUUUUCAACCGUACCAGUUGAGUCCUGACGCGGUCGUGAGUCGCUGGACUCGUAGGGUUGGUGCAAGCUGAAACCGGGAAAGUAGCGUGAAGGUGAGGGGAGGCAGCGGUGCGCCGGAGGCCGUUUUUCCAGGGUUCUGAGAGGGCAGGGGAGUCCCCCGGGCGGGUCCGGACAGCCUAGACAGCGCGCGGGCUUUGGACGCCGGUGACAGGACUUCGGGGCGUUGGUAUUUCUGGGAACCCCGGAGCAGAGGCUGCUCCAGGCUGUCAGCCACUAGACGGUUCUUCAUGAGAAGUGUCUGCCAGACUGCAAGAAUUCAAGAGACUUGAGAACUUGAUUGUGGCUUUGAGCGAGGUUGUCAGGUGUGUAUACAUGAAGACAGUCUAUUGAGGAGAGUAUUAGAAUCCUGGAAAAAGCUUGUUUUUCUGCACUAAGUUGGGGCAAUGUCACAAGUCCCUACUACUUACUCUUUCGAUGCCCCCACCGACUUUAUCAAUUUUUCAUCUUUGGAUGCUGAAGAGGAUACUGAAAAUAUAGACUCAUGGUUUGAUGAGAAGGCCAACUUGGAGAACAAGUUUCUUCGACAGAGGGGAAUAGGCGAGCCUUUUCAGGGGAAGAAUUCCUUGAGAAAAGCCAAACUUCAACAGGGCUUCGUCACACCGUUGAAGGCAGUUGACAACACUUACCACAAAGAGACAGAAAAGGAAAAUCUUCAGAAACAGUCUAUCCCAUCAAAUGAUUGUUCUUCCCUGGAUGCUAAGAGAGCUGUAUCAGGAAAUACUCCUGUCCAGCCUCAGAGAAGAUCUAUUAGACUCUCUGCUCAGAAGGAUUUGGAGCAGAAAGAGAAAAACCAUGUUGCCUCUGUUGAAAUGAAAGCCAAGAGAUGUGUUGCUCCGGCCACUGAUUGUCCCCCCCAGAAAAGAAUGAAAGUUUCUCAUAAAAAGAAACUGGAGGAAGAGGAGGAAGGCAGUGCUCCAGCUACUUCAAGAAAGAAUGAAAGAGAAACCCUGGAGAAAGCCAAGGGCAAGCACACUGUGCCAGGUGUGCCACCUGCAAGGGAGAAGGUUCUAAAGAGUACUGAGGAGCAGGAGAUAGAGAAAAGGCUGCGGAUGCAGCAGGAGGUGGUGGAGCUGCGCAGGAAAAACGAAGAGUUCAAGAAGCUCGCGCUCGCAGGGCCAGGGCAACCUGUGAAGAAGUCCACGAGCCAGGUUACCAAGACAGUUGACUUUCACUUCCUCACAGAUGAGCGAAUCAAGCAACAUCCCAAGAACCAGGAAGAGUAUAAGGAAGUGAACUUCAUGUCUGAACUUCGGAAGCAUUCUUCCACGCCUGCCCGAGGAACCAGAGGAUGCACUAUCAUUAAGCCUUUCAACCUGUCCAAAGGGAAGAAAAGAACAUUUGAUGAAGCAGCUUCUACGUAUGUGCCCAUUGCACAGCAGGUUGAAGCCUUCCACAAACGAACCCCCAAUAGAUACCAUCUGAGGAACAAGAAGGACGAGAGCUUGUUACCCUCCAAAUCUGUGAACAAGAUUGCACGAGACCCCCAGACCCCCAUACUGCAGACCAAAUAUCGUACAAGGGCUGUGACUUGCAAAAGUACUGCAGAGCAGGAGGCCGAGGAGCUUGAGAAACUGCAACAAUACAAAUUCAAAGCACGGGAACUUGAUCCUAGAAUUUUUGAAAGUGGCCCCAUCUUGCCCAAGAGAGCACCUGUUAAACCUCCUACUCAGCCUGUUGGUUUUGAUUUGGAAAUUGAGAAACGAAUUCAUGAGCGAGAGUCAAAGAAAAAAACAGAAGAUGAACAAUUUGAAUUUCAUUCUAGACCUUGUCCUACUAAGAUCUUGGAAGAUGUCGUGGGUGUUCCUGAAAAGAAGGUAAUUCCAGCUACUGUCCCGAAGUCGCCAGUUUUUGCAUUGAAGAACAGGAUCCGAGUGCCCAUCAAAGAUGAGGAAGAGGAGAAACCAGUAGUGAUAAAAGCUCAACCUGUGCCACAUUAUGGGGUGCCUUAUAAGCCCCACAUCGCAGAGGCAAGAAAUGUGGAGGUGUGCCCGUUCUCCUUUGAUACCCGGGACAAAGAACGCCAGUUGCAGAAGGAGAAAAAAAUAAAAGAGAUGCAGAAAGGGGAGGUGCCCAAGUUCAAGGCACUUCCUGUGCCCCAUUUUGACACCAUUAACCUGCCAGAGAAAAAGGUAAAGAACGUGACUCAAGCUGAGCCUUUCUCCCUGGAGACAGACAAGAGAGGCGCCUACAAGGCUGAGAUGUGGAAGCACCAGCUGGAGGAAGAGCAGAAGCAGCAGAAGGACGCCGCUUGCUUCAAGGCUCGUCCAAACACCGUCAUCUUCCAAGAGCCCUUCGUUCCCAAGAAGGAGAAAAAAUCACUGGCUGAGAACCCUUCUGGUUCUCUAGUUCAGGAACCUUUUCAGCUGGCCACCGAGAGGAGAGCCAAAGAGCGGCAGGAGCUGGAGAAGAAAAUGGCUGAAGUAGAGGCCUGGAAACUGCAGCAGUUGGAGGAAGUCAGGCAGCAGGAAGAGGAGCAGCAGAAGGAGGAGUUAGCCAGGCUCCGGAAAGAACUGGUGCACAAGGCAAAUCCAAUACGGAAGUACGCAGCAGUGGAGGUGAAAUCUAGCGAGCUGCCUCUGACUGUGCCGGUGUCUCCUAAGUUCUCCACUCGGUUCCAGUAGAAGCUGCAUCUAUAUCACAAGCAUGGAGCACGCGUCUUCAGACUCACCCGCCAUGUGUGGAAACACACCUGAUAACUAAUGGAUGCCGGGUGUUUUGAAGAUGACUCUACACAGCAACUUUGAAGCUAAUGAGCCUCCACUCAUUUAGACUUUAACCAGACUUCUUGUAGUUAUUUCCUUCAGACAUUAGCCGGCCCUUUCCUGUUGGUCUUAACGCUGGCUAGGAUUUCAAGAAUUCGUUUUGGCAUAGUCUACUUUUCACCUAAUCCCCCCUUAUUACCCCUUAUAUAUGUAUUUUAAGCAUAAAAUAAAGGCAGUCAAUUCCUGGGUUGUGGUUUCAGUCACAGUGUAAGUGAGAAGCAGCCAGUCUAUUGGAUUCCUUCUCUGUUCAAAAUGCGUUUAUAAAGGAACCCUGUGCUGCGAGGUAGGAAGGGAACCUCUGUAAUGGCUCCAAGGAAGACUGCGCAGACUCCGGAAGACCUUACAGAGCUGCUGUUGUAGCAUGUUCUUUAUUGUUGGUGCUGACAAUGGGAUGCCACAGCCUAUAGUUUCCAACCUCACUUGGAUAACUUUUUUUUUAAGGUCACAAGAAUUUAUUUAAGCUCACUGUUUUCUGGAAUCCAGUCCAUCCUGGAGGGGGUGGUGAGAUGAUACUGUUCAGACUGUGUGACAGAUUGGCACCUUCAAAGACCUCUCUCCCUGUUGGCUUACAUACUCCAGUUGAGCCUUGCAGGCAAAAGUCCUACAACUUCCCAAGGCAGUGCCAGGCUAUGGACCAAGAAACACUAGCCUAUGGUGGGCAUUUUAUACCUACGUGAUAGCAUUCCACCUGUGGGUGCUAUAGGCUCACGGUUAUUGCCCAGUGCAAAGGCAUGUAUUUCAACUUAAGAAGAAUCUGUAAUGUAAUUUUCUUUCUGAGAUUUCUUGAUUUUAUAUAUUUGGUUUUUAGAGGCGAGGUUUCUAUGUAGCUCUUGUUGUCCUAGAACGUGAUUUGUAGACCAGAGUUGACCUUGAAUGAAUUUUUUUUUUUUACCUGCAUGUAUGCAUGUGGAAUUCUUACCUACCCUGUGCCAGUGGAUGUCUGUGGAGUGUGUCAGAUGCCCUGGGAUUGGAGUUACAGAUGGUUGUAUUGGGAAACCCUGCUCAUAAUGUCAGCUUUUGACAUUACCAGAAAGCCUAGACUGAGGUCGGUGCAAAAUGGUGGAUUCCUUUCGUCAGCAAGGUUUCCUUUUCUCUACCUGAGGGAUCCCGGACCACACACCUGUGGAAUAUCACAUAGCCUUGGUUAGAUUUCAGGUCCGACUUCUUUUCUACUUACACGAACCCGUUGGAGUAGCACCGGAGACUGCUGGAUGUCGGAGUGCCUCUGUGUGUGUGAUGGUUUGUAUAUUCUUGGACCAGGGAGAGGCACCAUUUGGAGGUGUGGCCUUGUUUGAAUAGGUGUGGCCUGGUUGGAGUAGGUGUGUCACUGUAGGUUGACUUCCUAGUUGCCUGGAAGUCAGUCUUCCACUAGUAGCCUUUGGAUGAAGAUGUAGAACUCUCAGCUCUGCCUGGAUACUGCCCUGUUCCCACCUUGAUAAUGGACUGAACCUCUGAGCCUGUAAGCCAGCCCCAAUUAAAUGUUGUUUAU